CGCUGGCUUGGGCCGCUGCUGUGGCGAUCAGCAUGGCGGCCGUGGAGGCCCGGGUGUGCGAGACGGCGGGCUGCAGCAGCGAGGCCAAGCUGCAGUGCCCCACCUGCCUCAAGCUGGGCAUCCAGGGCUCCUACUUCUGCUCGCAGGAAUGUUUUAAGGGAAGCUGGGCUACUCACAAGUUACUGCAUAAGAAAGCAAAGGAUGAAAAAUCUAAGCGGGAAAUUUCUGCCUGGACAGUAGAUGGUGAUAUUAACACAGAUCCUUGGUCUGGCUAUCGAUAUACUGGUAAACUCAGGCCACAUUACCCACUGAUGCCAACAAGGCCAGUGCCGAGUUACAUUCAGAGGCCGGAUUAUGCAGAUCACCCCUUAGGUAUGUCUGAAUCAGAACAGGCCCUUAAAGGAACUUCACAGAUAAAGGUUCUUUCAUCAGAUGAUAUAGAAGGGAUGCGAGUAGUGUGUAGGCUUGCUAGAGAAGUAUUAGAUGUUGCAGCCAUGAUGGUGAAGCCAGGUGUGACUACUGAAGAAAUAGAUCAUGCAGUACAUCUAGCAUGCAUUGCCAGAAACUGCUAUCCUUCCCCGCUGAAUUAUUAUAAUUUUCCUAAGUCUUGCUGUACGUCGGUAAAUGAAGUGAUAUGCCAUGGAAUUCCGGAUAGGCGACGCUUACAAGAGGGAGAUAUUGUUAAUGUGGACAUUACAGUUUAUCGUAAUGGUUAUCAUGGAGAUCUCAAUGAGACAUUUUAUGUUGGGGAAGUUGAUGAGGGUGCAAAGAGAUUAGUUCAGACAACAUAUGAGUGCCUAAUGCAAGCGAUUGAUGCAGUAAAACCUGGUGUCCGAUAUAGGGAGUUGGGGAAUAUUAUACAGAAGCAUGCCCAAGCCAAUGGGUUUUCAGUGGUUCGGAGUUACUGUGGGCACGGAAUUCAUAAACUUUUCCAUACUGCUCCCAAUGUGCCACAUUAUGCCAAAAAUAAGGCUGUUGGUGUGAUGAAGCCUGGUCAUGCGUUUACAAUAGAACCAAUGAUCUGUGAAGGUGGGUGGCAGGAUGAAACUUGGCCUGAUGGCUGGACAGCAGUGACACGUGAUGGCAAGCGAUCUGCUCAGUUUGAACACACUCUUCUGGUCACAGAUACAGGGUGUGACAUCUUGACCCGGCGGCUGGACAGCAUUAACCCUCACUUCCAGUGCUAACUUAAGCCAAGCUGCGGGGCCUGAACCAAGUGUCUCUGUACUAUGCAUUUUACUAAAGUACAGGCUAAAGGGGAGAUUUUAUCACCUGUUUUCUUCUUGUUGAUGGUAGGCAAGAGCAAUUCAGCCUUGCAUUUCAUGUCUUGAAAGAUCCUGAUGCAGAGGAUUUGAAAGCAGAUAGGUUUUAAGAGCAUUCUCUGCUCUCCUGUUACCCCAUAACAUUGUUUGAACUUUUAAAAAAAAAUUUCAUUGUCCUUUAUGGCACCCCUUUUUUAUUUUCUCAGCUAGGCUUUAGGCAGUUCCAUGACUGCCACAGUGCCAGCUGGCGUACGUAUGGUAACCUUUUCGCUCGGAAUGAAGGUUUUGGGAAACUAGCCUUUCUGCUUUUACAAGUGCCACCUGAGAUUUUUAAAACUUUUCUUGUUCCAAAGGCAUCCUCUUGCUUAGCUAUUGCUGAAAACUGUUUUAAUGGGCUGGGCUUUUGUCUGUUUAGGAUUCAAAGGAGGGAUUGUAUGCUGGAAAGUAUUAUUUGUUGCUCUGUUGAACAUACCUUCUGAAUUUUGUUCUGCCUUUCCCACUUCCACGCUGACUGCCUCUGUUGUGACUGUAUGUGGAAGUGUCAUAACCACCCGUUAAACUAAAGCUGACUACUAGAAGUGGUGGUUUUUUUGUCCGAAGUGGGAAGAAAACAAUUACUGAGACCCUGCCUGGUAUAAGGUUUCACCAAAAUGCAGCCUCUCAAAACGGGUAUUGCUUUGACAGCCAAUGAUGCUCCAAAGGUUUGUGUUAAACUUUACAAAAAAGCUAACAAAAUUGAAAUAGGCAGAGUUCUUGUUCUGUAGUUUGUAUCCUAUAAUAACGGGCAUGUCCCAAAGAAGUUGGGCUGAUUUCAUAUACCGUUUGGGGGGUCUUAUUUUCAAGCUUUGGCGAUUUCUGUAUGUUGCCAUCUUAGAUUAGUAUGGCACUGCCUAUGAUUUAAGAACCAUGUAUGGGACCUGGUAACUCAGGACUUGAAUCUGAUGGGGUAUGUAUUACUCCCUUUUACUUAUGGAUACUUACAAUCUGCAGUGACCAAAAAAAUCACUUCAUUGUGGGUUGCAGAGAGAGAGCUUCCACCCCUGGCCAUGAGAAAUUCUGUAUGUAGUGAACAAAGUUUGCAUUGUGAAACAUGCAGCAAUAUCAUGAAGCUGCUUCUCUCCCCCCCCCCACCCCGAAAUAUUUCAAGCAUUGAUGAAAAAGUUGAAAAUAACCCAGAUAACCACAGCAGCUAUUUCAUCAAAGUAAAAUUAUUUUAGGGAUAUAUAAUGUACUUGAAAGAACCCAACAUUGGACAGCUGCAUCAAUCAAGUUAAAAAAAAAUCCCCAGGCCAGCUACAUUGUGACCAAUGGUGGUGUAAUUUCCCCACACUUUUCCAAGCAAUUAACUUGUAGCACUGAUCACUGUUGGUGUUAUCCAAUGGUGGAUUAGUUUGGCCUUUUUGUCAUUUUUUUAAAAUCUUAAAUUCUUUAAUGAAAGGAACUUACUGUAUUUUUAAAGUCUUAAUACCGGCUUUAUUCUUAGAGUAUUGGAGGGUGGGAAUUGUAAAGCAGUCAUCAAAUCAUGGCAUAAUGUGUAUGUUUUCUGCUCAGUGUCUGACAUCUGGUUGGAUUGCAAGGGGCUAAUAUGCAACAUCAAUAACAUUUAACUUCACUAGGGUUUGGGGUUUUUGUGCAGGAUAAGCACAGAUGUGACUAAAAAAAAAUGCUGUGGUAGAUCCUACAGUCUGUUUCUGUUGGUGCGAGGGUAUUUCUGCCAGCACAGAAGCAGGGGGCUGAUUAUUCAGCAUUAGGUGAGGGCUACAAGGGGAGAGGGAAAAUGCCAUCGGCCUUUUGAUUUAUUUGCAGGAUUUGAAUCCAGGGUGCAAGUUUUACGGCGUCAGUUUGCUUUUUCAAUCUGAAGAACAGUAUCAGGGGCCCACAAAAUUGGACCGAUCCCAGGUUUUUUGCCCUUUAUCAAAGAAAUCACCUUCAGUUGUUCUCCAAAUUGAAAAUUGAAGUUAUGAAUAUGUUGCUUUACUGUAGAUGUAACAUGCUGUGGGCCUCAGAAGCUAUUUUAAUAGCUCCACCUCUCAAUGCUUUGUAAAAUAGCCAGGUACUGAAUAUUAGAAUAGUCAUCUUUAGCUUAUCUGCCAUACUUUGGAGAAAGUAAGGCUCAAACUACGCUAAUGAAUGGCUGUAACUUUGGGCAAGAGACGGAUUCAAAGGCAGCAGCCUAAUCCCCUCUUCGGUUUGCUUUUGCCUGCCCACUAUCUAGGCGAAAGAUCCCUAAAUCUCCUGUUCAUAUAUGUCCUAUCAAUGACUGUACCCCCGUGCAAAAAUGUGGUACCAUCCUCCACUAUGAAAUAAAGCUAACUUUUCCACUUA